AUGGUCUCGCCCAACCGGCGACUAACCGGUUUCAUUGCUCCAACAGCUGCCGAUCCCCAGCGGACAUACGACGGACAUAAUGGACCACACGUUUUCGGAACACCCGGCAAUCAAGUCUACAUUCGGGGGCAGAACGAUGGCGGGUACAAGGUGCCAGGAGUAGGUGGUCAGUUCCAGCACGCAUCGUCGCCAGCGGAACACGUCUAUACGGAUGAGCAGGGGAACACCUAUGUGCACAAAACGCACGAUGGAGGACCGGGAACACAUACUGUUAGAGGACCUGGCCUAACCGCUGGACAGCCCGCUUACUCCACUGUUCCGCCUGCUGCACUUCGCAAUCCACAGUUUCGUGUGGAGCGACCUAGUCGCACUGUGGAUGUGGGAGACGGAGGAUUUGUCGUCCAAAGGGGCAGGCGUAGUCCCCAGUUUCAUGUGGAGCGACCUGGUCGCACUGUGGAUGUGGGUUCGGGAGGAUUUGUCGUCCAAAGGGGCAGGCGUAGUCCCCAGCUUUAUGUGGAGCGACCCGGGCGAGCGGUAGACGUCGGCUUUAAAGGAUUGAUAGAAAGGGAAAGCCGCAGCAUCCACGAUGGCCGCGUCCAGGGAGAAAACUUCGUGGCUCGUGACGAUCAAGCAGGAAUUUGGGAUGAUAGUGUUUCGGUGUGGAAGCGUCCGGAUGGACGAACUGUUUCAGUGGGCAGUGACGGGAGUGUUAUUGUUUCUGGACAUGGGCUUACGCUGCAAUACUAACAAAUAAUGGGAAGCAGCCUUUUAAUUUACAGAGAUUAGGUAGCUGAAAUUCCAAUGAUAACAAUAUUCACAAAAACAUUAAACAAUUUUUCUUUUUGAACAUGUGAAAA